GGGGGGGGCUCAGUGGCCGGGAGAGAGCGGGAACCCCGGCCCCACCCCAUGCGUGCACCCCAGAGCGAGCCGCUCAGGCUGAGCCCCGCCGCCCCCCCGGCCGGAACGCAUGUAGGAGCCGGCUGCAUGGGCGCCCCGGGAAGGAUGCUCGGGCUAUAGGCGCCUGCCCCUGCUCGCGAGGAGCCCCCCAGGGCGCCCCCCGGCAUGAUCCCCUAACGGGGCUGGCCGCGUCUCUCUCGCCCGUCCCCCCGUGCGCCUGCCCCAUGGACUUAGCUGCGGUCGCCGGCCGGAGCUCGUGAGCCUGGGCUGCCCGCCGCGCGGGGCCGGCCCCCGGGAACUGGAGAAUACUGCAGCAUCCUCAGGGACAUACAUACAGAAGGCUGAGCUGGAGCCUGUGUGGGACUUAAAAAGGACUUCCAGUUGGUGGUAGCCCGAGGAACUUCCUUUCACUCCAAUGUUGCUCUGAAACUAAUUGUCUCCAGAAUUCUGAACCAUCAGGUUUGCUAAGAUGCCUCAGGAACAGUAUGCACACAGGAGCACCAUGCAGAGCUCGGAAGGCCCGCAUGUAUACAAAGUGGGGAUUUACGGCUGGAGGAAGAGAUGCCUCUAUUUCUUUGUGCUACUCCUAAUGAUUUUAAUCCUGGUGAACCUUGCCAUGACCAUCUGGAUUCUCAAGGUUAUGAACUUCACAAUUGAUGGAAUGGGGAACCUGAGAAUCACAGAGGAAGGUCUGAAGCUAGAAGGAGAUUCAGAAUUCUUGAAACCUCUCUACGCCAAAGAAAUCCGGUCCAGACCAGGCAAUCCAUUGUACUUCCAAUCUGCCAGAAAUGUUACAGUGAACAUUCUCAAUGAGAAGACUAAAGUCCUUACUCGUCUUGUAACAGGUCCCCAAGCAGUGGAAGCACACAGCCAAAAAUUCGAGGUGAAAUCCCUCUCUGGAAAAUUGCUGUUUUCUGCAGAUGACAACGAAGUGGUCGUGGGAGCAGAGAGACUGAGAGUUUUAGGAGCAGAAGGCACAGUGUUCCCUAAAUCUAUAGAAACUCCCAGUGUCAGGGCAGACCCCUUCAAGGAACUAAGACUCGAGUCACCCACACGCUCUUUGGUGAUGGAGGCUCCAAAGGGAAUUGAAAUUAACGCAGAGGCCGGCAACAUGGAAGCCACAUGCAGGACGGAGCUGAGGCUGGAAUCAAAAGAUGGAGAGAUUACGCUGAAUGCUGCAAAUAUCAAACUGCCUAGAUUGCCUCUAGCAUCCCACUCCUCUACCGGAUCCAGGCAAAAAAUCUACGAGCUGUGUGUGUGUUCCAACGGGAGGUUAUUCCUGUCUCAGGCAGGAGCUAGCUCCACCUGCCAGAUAAACACAAGCAUCUGUUCUUGAGAGACGGUUCGCAGCAGGCAACACAAAGGCCCUGUUCUGGUCUCACAGAUAGCAGCUCCCAACUAUUUUUGCUAGAACCCAGAAAGCCUAUCAAAGACUUUUUUGUGUGUGUGCGCGCGUGUGAAUAUAUAUAUAUAUAUAUAUAAAUA